GCAUGUAUGCAACCAAACGCCAGGUGAAAAUUGCAUCUCGACGACAAGACCCCUAAUGCAGGCAACUAAUCACCUGGUCAUCUACGUUUUUGACCUUAUUUGCCAGGCCCGGCAGCGAAAGCAAGCGAACACGCCCUUAGAUGCGCGUCCAGCAGCAGGUGAAGGGCGUGGGCAUGGAGGCCUCCGGCGAGGUGGCUCUAGUCCUUCAAGACCUCCGUAAGGCCGCUCCGGCGCUUCCCGUAGCGCGCCGCCCACGGGGUUGACGAGGAGGCUCCCGCUUCAUGUGUCCGACCCGCCGGCCGCACGCACAGCUUCGCCCUGGCCUUGCUGUUGUACGAGCUCGCAUGUAUGCCGAGGCCAAGCUGUCGCGUGCGUCUGCGCCCGCUGGCUGCACGCACAACUCCGUCCCAACACUGCUGACCUCGCCAUGCCUCGGCAUCCUGCACCUUUUCUGCAUCAAGAACCCGGCCUACAGCCAUCCCGCCGGCCCGCACCGUGGUGCACGUUCGCUGCCGCCACCCGCGAGUUCAUGAGUCCCGUCAUCACAACGCCCAGCAAUCACGGGCGACCACCUCGUCGCCCUCGCACACCGAGCGCAUCACGCAAAUCACGCGCACAGACAAGAGCAGCAACGUCAACCCAGCAUGGAGCACGCACACUCAGCGCGAACGGUAGCACACACACAAGCACAAAUCCUAGAGCUACUCAAUGCGCAGCAGCCCAUCAACUCCUGGUGGAGUGCGUCGCGUGCAAGUUCCUCCGACGGCCGUGCGCGCGUUCAGCCACAAGGAGCGUUGAGCGCAAGAAAUAGAGCCGUCACGGCCGCCGGCCGGAGCGGGCGAGGGAGUGCAUGCUGCCGCGUGCCGCCUCCGGAGCCAGGCUUGGUCAUCGGCGAGCUUCAGAGCACCGGCAUCCAGGGUGCCGACACACGAACCGUGUGUUGUUUGAGGUUGAAGAUGCUCAUUACAGUGAGGUCCAUAGGUAAGUCGGAGGGAUAAACAACAGGAAUUAAAGUUUAAAAAUGGGUAGAGAUGGUGGGGCCCACACUUUGCCAAUCCGAGUCAAAAACCGCUCAAAGAUCGGCAGAAAACCACCCAAAGUUGCACAAGGACUAAACUUAUCCGGUGUAAAAAGUUAAGGGAUUAAGUUUUGCUGGUUUUGAAGUCGAGGAACCAUUUGUAUACUUUUGAAAUAAUCGAGGGACGAAAAAUAUAUUUUUCCCUUUAAAAAAAAGACACUGUAAGAUUGUAAGUUGCCUGCAAGAGGGAAUCAUGAAGAAGAACAGUGAUGGAGAAUGCUGCUAACAGAAGAUCCCAAGGAGGCAGCCAGAUGAGUGGACUUAUACAAGGAUGCACACCUCACACUUGGACUGGUCAACCAACUUGUAUUAUACUCCUAGUAACGGGGAGAUCGGAGAUAUGGCACCAAGCCGUAUCCGACUGACCAAGUUUCGACAGCAAACGAGAAGGAAAUAUAGUCAAUGGAGUGCCCGGUGCAAUUUGACUGCUACUCCAUAUUUUUCCUGCAUUUAGCGAGCUGGCCAGCCUGCCAUGGUCAUACAGAGAGACCAGAAAAACAGAACAAGCAGCCUUCCACUCAGUAACGCUGAGCAUCCUCUGCAGUUCCUGGCAAUGGCGGCCACCGGGCACUCUUGCUUGCUCAUGCUGCUUCUCCUCGCGAGUUUCGUCGCUGAUGGCCAGCCAGUCUCCAUGCCCAACACCGAGGCUGCCGCGGACCACCUUGCGCUGGUGUCAUUCAAGUCGCUGAUAACCAGCGACCCGUCGUCAGCGCUGGCCUCAUGGUCAUGGGGCGGCAACCGAUCGCUCCCGCUGUGCCGGUGGCGCGGCGUGACGUGCGGCGCUCGGGGCAGCCAUCGUGGGCGUGUCGUAGCCCUGGACCUCAGCAACCUUGGCCUUUCAGGCGCCAUUGCCCCUUCGGUAGGCAAUCUCACCUACCUGAGAAAGCUCCAUCUUCCCAUGAACCGGCUCGCUGGCACCAUACCGUCGGAGCUUGGCCGCCUCGUCAACCUCCGGCAUGUCAACCUGAGCUACAACUCCCUUGAAGGCGGCAUCCCGGCGUCACUCUCACAGUGCCAUCAGCUCGAGAACAUCAGCCUGGCAUACAACAACCUCACCGGGGGAAUCCCUCCAGACAUGGGUGAUCUGCCCGGCAUGCGCCGGCUCCAGGUGCAGUACAACAUGCUCGACGGCCCGAUACUCCGCUCGUUAGGCUCGUUACGCGGCCUCGAGCUUCUUCAUGUCUCCAACAACAGACUUACAGGAAUGAUCCCUUCAGAAAUUGGCAACCUCACCAACCUAGUAAGCCUUAACCUCAACUACAAUCACUUGACAGGUUCAGUCCCUUCUUCUCUUCGUAGCCUUCAGAAAAUCCAGAAUUUGCAAGUGAGAGGGAAUCAACUCACGGGGCUAAUUCCAUCAUUCCUGGGAAACCUCUCGGCGUUAGCCGUUCUUAAUCUUGGAACCAACGGAUUUGAAGGGGAGAUUGUGCCAUUGCAAGCACUGUCAUCUCUGUCUGUCCUUGUUUUGCAAGAAAAUAAGCUUCAUGGUGGCCUCCCUUCCUGGCUAGGAAACCUCUCCUCGCUGGUAUACCUAAGCUUGGGAGGAAAUAGCUUCACUGGGUAUAUUCCUGAAUCAUUAGGAAACCUUCAGAUGUUAUCUGGUCUUGUUCUCGCGGAAAACAGUCUUACCGGCACCAUUCCUUCCUCCCUCGGAAACCUUCGCGCUCUUUCCGACUUAUAUCUCGACAAAAAUCAGCUCACCGGACAAGUUCCUUCUUCCAUUUUCAACAUGUCCUCUCUAAGAAUAUUUAAUCUACAGUUCAACCAGCUAACUGGAUCGUUGCCGACUGGGAAAAAGGUCAGCUUUCCAGUACUCGACAUAUUUAAUGUAGGGGAAAAUAGGUUUCAGGGUGUUAUUCCACCUUGGCUGUGCAACUGUUCCAUGCUUACCAAAAUUGCAGUAGAAGUGAAUAUGAUCUCUGGAACGGUCCCGCCUUGUCUUGGAGAUAACCUGAAAAGCUUGUCGAUCCUGACCCUUGGACAAAACCAACUACUGGCAAAUGAAGAUGAUGGCUGGGACUUCUUGUCCAGUUUAACCAAUAGCAGCCGUCUGAAGAUUUUGGAUUUCAGCAGCAACAGAUUUCAUGGCAAGCUACCAAAUUCAGUAGCCAAUCUUUCUACAGAACUGCAAGCUUUCAACAUAGCCAACAACAUGAUAAGUGGCAACAUUCCUGAUCGAAUUGGGAACCUUGUUAAUUUAUCAUACCUUUUGAUGAACAUCAACUCUCUUGAGGGUACUAUUCCUUCCUCUCUUGGUAGACUCCAGAGGCUGAGCUACUUAGAUCUUGGUAUGAACAAUCUCUCAGGGCAAAUUCCACCAACCCUCGGCAAUCUCACACUGCUGAAUAAACUCUAUCUUGGAACAAAUUCACUUAGUGGACCUGUUCCAUCCAGUCUUAGCAACUGUCCUUUAGAACUAUUGGCUGUUCAGCACAACAAGCUCAGAGGUCCGAUUCCAGAGGAAGUCUUUCUCAUAUCCACCUUGUCUAACUUCAUGUACUUCCAAAGCAACUUGUUUAGUGGGUCACUUCCAUUGGAGAUCGGUAGCUUGAAACAUAUUGCAGACAUCGAUUUAUCUGAUAAUCAAAUUUCUGGUGAGAUCCCUGCCUCCAUUGGUGAUUGCCAAAGCCUACAAUUUUUAAAGAUGCAAAGGAACUUCCUUCAAGGGAGAAUCCCGGCAUCAGUGGGACGGCUGAAAGGCCUUGAAGUACUUGAUCUCUCACAUAACAACUUGUCAGGAGAAAUUCCUGAGUUUCUUGGGAGUAUGAAAGGCCUUGGUAGUCUGAACCUGUCAUUCAACUCCUUUGAAGGUGAAGUCCCAAAAGAAGGAGUAUUUCUUGAUGUAAACGCAACCGCGGUUGAGGGAAAUAACCCUGGAAUAAAGUUGCCACCAUGUUCCACCCACACCAACAAGAAACAGUCUUCGAAGCUUAUCAUGAUAAUCUCCAUAAGCAGUGCAGUCCUAUUGAUCAUCGUCCUUUUAGCAUUGUUUGCAUUCUGGUACAGAAGGACCAAGUCACAACAAGCUAACUCAGACUUGUCACUCAUCAACGACUUGCACAUCAGAGUAUCUUAUGCUGAAUUAGUCAAUGCGACAAAUGGUUUUGCUUCUGAGAACCUCAUCGGAGUAGGAAGCUUCGGUUCGGUGUACAAGGGAAGAAUGAUGAUCCACGACCAACAGGUCACUGUUGCUGUCAAAGUGCUUAAUCUCCAACAACGUGGGGCAUCUCAGAGUUUUGUUGCAGAAUGUGAGACACUGAGAUGUGUUCGACGUCGGAACCUUCUGAAGAUCUUGACGGUCUGCUCAAGCAUGGAUUUCCGGAGCCAAGAUUUCAAGGCUCUUGUGUAUGAAUUUCUACCAAAUGGAAAUUUAGACCAAUGGAUACAGAAGCCUUAUGAAGAAAAUGAUGGAGACCGGGUGCUAAAUCUCAUCGGAAGGCUCAGCAUCACCAUUGAUGUAGGUUCUGCACUUGAUUAUCUUCACCAACACAGGCCAUUGCCAGUAAUUCACUGUGAUCUCAAGCCAAGCAAUAUCCUCCUUGAUAGUAACAUGGUUGCUCAUGUUGGUGAUUUUGGGCUUGCAAGAGCCCUGCGUCAGGAGGGUAGUGAUUUCUUAGAGAAAUCAAGUGGCUGGGCUACAAUGAGAGGAACAGUUGGCUAUGCUGCUCCAGAGUAUGGUUUAGGCAAUGAAGUUUCGAUCCUGGGUGAUGUCUAUAGCUAUGGGGUGCUGUUGCUGGAGAUGUUUACUGGGAAAAAGACCAACAGACGGCAAGUUUGGAGAAGCUCUAGGUCUUCACAAAUAUGUUCAGAUGGCACUUCCAGACAGAGUGAUCAAUAUUGUGGAUCACCAGUUAUUAACAAAAGACAAAGAUGGAGAAAGAAACACCUCAAACCCUGACUUAAAAGGAGAAAUAACAAUUGCUUGCAUCACUUCAAUUCUGCAUAUUGGACUAUCAUGUUCAAAGGAAAUUCCUACAGACCGCAUGCAAAUUGGAGAUGCUUUAAAAGGGUUGCUGACAAUAAGAGACAAGUUUCAAAUGUGUCUUUCAAGUUAACAAUUGUAAAGUAAUUGAAGGAUUAUAUGUCUCGUGUAUAUUUGAUCUUGAUGGUACUAUUGAGUUGAGGGCUUGAGGCAUAGUAGAGCCUCCAGGCUCCAGCUGCCCAAUAUGGCCACUAUAGUGGUGUUUAGCAGCGCCCUGGUAUAAAUGACAUUUCAAGUUUACAUAUGAUCUUAUUUGUUCGUAAAAUAUUCUUACCAUUUCAGAUGCA